AACCCCUGAAAUCGAUGGAGCAUAUAGAAAAUGAGAUUUCAUUGAGGGAUUUGUAUCGCGCUGGUUACAAGAUGGCAGUGGAGCAAAAGGACGGGGAGAUUACGGUUAAAGCCAUCAAGGUGAAGGAAAUGGUGAUAGAAUUACUGCGUGCGUUUGUGUAUGACGAUGAAGUAGAGACUUCGGAAAUAGUGAAGGAUAGGCUGACCGCGCUUAUGGAUUUCAAGUUCAAGAAGGCGAUUGAUGAUUCGGAGCCAGAUGCGAUCACCGUCGCGGUGCCGGAGGAAUUUAAAUGCCCACUCUCCGGGAGACUCAUGCGGAAAGCCGUCCUCCUUCCAUCAGGAGUGACAUAUGACGAUCACUGCAUUGCAACAAGAUGGAGUAUGACUGGAAAGUUUACCUGCCCUAUCACAAAGAAAGAACUCUCAGGUUCUGCUGUCAUACCAAACUACAGAAUCAGACAAAUGAUACGGAGCUGGUAUUUCAUACAUGAAAUCAGUAUAACAGAACUUAGUGUAACAGAACGUAAUCCUAGCCUCACGGACUUUUUAAAAUGUAUGGAGAAGCAUAAAUGUAACCUCGUCGAAAAGCUCAUGGCUGAACUCCCUAAUUCGAGUCCAGAGCUCCAAGAGGUCAGAAUUAACUGGAUCAUGAACAUAUGCUUCCAUGACAGCCAGGUUAUGAUACGCAUUGCACAUACGCCUGAUAAGAAGAUUCUUAUUGCUCAUGCCACUGAGCAAGGGAAGAAACUGAUGCGGCCUAUAAACGAACCUGCUAAAAAGGCAAUUGUCGCCAUGCGCUCACUCAUUAGUCUUUUGGCGCAAGGGAACGAUUUGGAAAUGGUAGAGGCCGUCACUGGGAUAUACUCCUGCUUAGGGUUAAGCAAAUAUGACUUUAAAGGGAAAGCGAUAGAUGAAGGCCUUAUCAAAUUGGUCUUGCAAAAGAUCAGGGAUAAAAUACUUCGGAACCAUAUGUUGGAGAUUCUCGCGUAUCUUUCAACCGACGCAAGGGCGAUUUCGACGUUGGUCAGGUACGAUGCAAUCCAGUGCUUGCUCGAGAUCAUAAGGGAGAGUCCUGGUCAGCCCUAUGAGGAGAACUGCGCAGUCAUCUUGCAAUCGAUCUGCUGCACUUAUCCGUGCAUGAUGAGGGAGAUAAUAGAAGAGGAGAGUGAGCAUCAGACGCUAUCUCGACUCGUGCAAGAAGGCACUUCAAGGGCCAAGAGGAAGGCCAGUAGCAUUCUGGCGAUGAUGGUUUCAGCAAUGGAGGAAGAACUGAAAAAAUCACGUGAUGAGGUCUCUUAUUCCCGGAUUAAAUGUGAACGACUCGAAAAGGAGCUCAAGCAUACCAGAGAUUAUGAACAACAUAUGAAUCCAAAGGGAAUGAAAGUAAUAUCUGAUUUACUGAUGUCCGUAUCAAAAGCUGAAAGACAAGAGGCAAGGAUGAUAGUACGCCAGGAUAUACUCAGACUUGGCAACAUUGGAGUGGUCAGAGCUGACACGAUCUUAUCUGAAACGUGGGAGGAUGGACAAGCCAUGGAAGAUAUCAAUGCUCACCUUAGGAGUUUGUUGGAAGUGAAGGAGGGAAUUGAAAGACACAGAAAAUCUCUGAAGAAAAGGCCACGUGACAAGGGUGAGGUAGCUGAUGCAGAUGGCAGGGUUCAGGAAGAAGAUAUUCUCAUGCAGGAUGAAAUUUUCGAGUCUCGCCUAGCCAGCAUCAAACGGGAGGAGGAAGCUGUACUGCAUGAAAGAGAGCGUCAUGAAUUGGAAAAGGGAAGAUUAAUACGUGAAAUGAAACGUAUAAGGGAUGAGGAUGACUCUCGUUUCAACAAUUUUCAGAUAUUGAAUGGCCGUUAUGCUCUGUUAAACCUCUUGGGCAAAGGAGGAUUUAGUGAAGUUUAUAAGGCUUUUGACUUGGUGGAAUAUAGAUACGUUGCCUGUAAGCUACAUGGUUUGAGUGCUCAGUGGAGUGAAGAGAAGAAGCAAAGCUAUAUACAGCAUGCAAUCAGGAAAUAUAAUAUUCUCAAAACUUUGGUCCACCGUCACAUAGUUCGGCUUUGGGACAUCUUUGAGAUUGAUCACAGCACAUUCUGCACUGUCUUGGAGUAUUGCAGUGGCAAGGAUCUCGAUGCUGUUCUUAAAGCAACACCUGUACUCCCAGAAAGAGAAGCUAGGAUUAUCCUAGUCCAGAUCUUUCAGUGCCUUGUUUACCUGAAUAAAAGAUCAGUGAAGAUUAUUCAUUACGAUUUGAAACCUGGAAAUGUUCUAUUUGAUGAAUUUGGCAUUGCUAAAGUCACAGAUUUCGGUCUUAGCAAGAUUGUGGAGGACAAUGUUGGAUCCCAAGGCGUGGAAAUUACGUCCCAUGGCGCUGGUACAUAUUGGUAUCUGCCCCCAGAAUGUUUUGAGCUAAACAGGAUACCUCUCAUUUCCUCGAAGGUUGAUGUUUGGUCUCUGGGUGUCUUAUUGUACCAAAUGCUGUUUGGCAGAAGGCCUUUUGGGCACGACAAAAGUCAAGAGAGAAUUCUUUGUGAAGAUACAAUUAUCCAACCUCCUAAAGUUGAGUUCCCUUCAAGACCAUCUGUAUCUAAUGAGGCAAAGGAUUUUAUUUGCCGUUGCCUAACAUACAAUCAAGCCGAGCGACCUGAUGUUUUAGCUAUUGCUCAGGAUCCAUACGUGAUCUAUACGAAGAAAUGACGACUGUGCGGCUUGGAGGUACAGCUGCAGAUGAGAGAAUGUACGUCUGUGGGAAGAAGUCAUUCAAUUUUUGAGGAGAUGAAAACUUGGAAACUUUGUACAUUGGUAAAAAGUCUGUUGCAAUUGGGCUCUAAACAAAAUUAUCUUUUGAUCCUUUUUGACCUUCGAAAAAUAGAUUUUUCUCCAACAAUACUCCCAUUAAACAAAUUUUAAAACUACUUCAUAGAUUGUUUCAUAGAUUGUAAGGGUAGUUAAUUCAUUUUUUAAGAAUUACUCUCUGUCGCUGAAAAGUUUAAUCCGUCCCUGAAAAGUAGGGAUGUCAAUCGGGCAACAUGAAUAAUUUUGUUUUUACGUGGUGAGUUGUAAGAAUUGACAUACGUAUUUUUUCAUGUCCUGAAAAAAUAGGAAAAAUAGUAUUUUGUGCUUUUAAAACUAUUUAUUAAAUAUGCCACCGAUAUUUUAUACCCCAGCUAUAUCACCAUUGUCUCGCCAUAAUUGAAUUAUAUUCCUUAUUUUGUCAUCUCAUUAUAAUUGAAUCAUUUAUAGAAAUAUCAAGAUAAGGUUUUGUAUCUAUGCAUUUCUAUUUGUUUGGUAACAAAGAUACUUCUAUCUCAUGGCCCGCAUUAACACACCAAGCCCAUCUAGGCCCGACGAAAAACAACUAUUUUACUCUUUUAUGUAUCUCACCAAAUUGGUGAGAUAAGGCACUGUUCAACCAUGUUUUCCACGCUGCCCUUCUUCAUUCUCUCGCCUAGUAACCUUCCCCAUUCCAUUUCUACCACCGCCCCUCAUAUUAUCACCCAUGGCAACUCUCUACAUGAAGGCGGUGGGCCUUCCGACGGUGCACCGCCAGCUCGAUCUAUAACCCUGCAAUUUCGCCUCUCUCCUUCGAUGCGUGAGAUGGCGUGUGCGGCUGGAAUUGGUUGUCUCCGGCGGUAGUGAGGGCGUAUCUCAACGGUCGCCGUCGUAACCUUACCGCCGUCGCACCAUCCCUUCCCACCGUCGAGUUUUGAGGCAGCGAUGUUGCAAUUCCAAAUCUGCCUGAGCCUUUUCAUCUCUGUGUUGUGUCCUUCGCCAGAGGCAGUGAAUAGCAACAGCAUGGGAGGAUGCUAACACCUGGUUUGAAGCAAGAAAAGGAAAUGUUGCGGCUUCAAGCAGAGCAACGAGCAUCGAUGGAGGCGGUCACUUGCACAGAAAGAAGAUGGUUUGAGGAGCGAGAAGGAGAGAAAGAAAGAAGAUGGACUGAUGCUGCUAAGGAUGACAUGAUCCUAUGGCAAAGGUUGAAACUGAGGCUUCAAAACAGAAUGUUUGAGCUGGGAUAAAACACAGAAUCUAUCCUAGCUUCCAUGAUUUGUAGCAUCACUUGAUUUUGUGUCUGUCCUUUGUUCUUUUCAUGCGAUUGUUACAUGGAUAUUUUGGAAUGUCAAAAUAUGGGGAAAGGAUUAUUAAAGAUGUAUCAUCUUGCCGCAAAAAAAAUUCAAAUUGUUGAAUUGAUUAAGACA